AUGGACAACAACAGCGACUACGACCUCUCUAGGCCGAUCGACCCAUCCCAGGGCAUGAGACAAGGCCUGACCUCCUACGGCGACGCGCACUUCUCCCUCUUCCUACGCAAAGUCUUCAUCAAAGCCCUAGGCUACAACGAAGACGCCCUAACAAGACCCAUAAUCGGCAUAAUCAACACCUAUUCAAGCUUCAACCCGUGCCAUGCGAACAUCCCGCAGCUGAUCGAUGCCGUCAAGAGGGGCGUCCAGCUCAACGGCGGGCUGGCGAUCGACUUCCCGACUAUUAGUUUGCAUGAGUCCUUCGCCGCGCCGACGAGCAUGUUUCUGAGGAAUCUUAUGAGCAUGGAUACCGAGGAGAUGAUCAGGGCUCAGCCUGUGGAUGCUGUUGUCAUGAUAGGAGGUUGUGACAAGACCACCCCUGCGCAGCUGAUGGGCGGAAUCUCGGCCAAUAAGCCGAUAUUGCACUUGGUGACUGGGCCGAUGAUGCCUGGGAGUCAUAACGGCGCUCGAAUAGGAGCUUGCACUGACUGUCGGAACAAUUGGGCCAGUUUCCGAGCUGGGACGAUGGAUAUUGAGGAGAUCUCCACGAUCAACGAGGAGCUUGCGCCGACUGCCGGCACCUGCGGAGUCAUGGGAACCGCAAGUACCAUGGCUUGCAUACUAGUCGCCCUGGGCUUGGUGCCUUUCAAAGGGGCUUCAGCACCAGCAGUAUCGUCCGCACGUCUACGAAUAGCCGAAGAAACCGGAGCAAACGCCGUAGCCAUCAUCACCGCGGGCGAGACACUGAAACCGCAGUCUCUCCUGACACGAGAGUCAUUCAUCAACGCCAUCACGGUCCUGCAGUCCAUCGGCGGGUCUACAAACGCCGUGGUACACUUGAUGGCGAUCAUCAACCGUCAUCCCAAGGUCGCAGGCACCAUCACUCUAGACACCUUCGACGAGAUCGGGAGGCGAACGCCUCUUCUCGUGGACCUGAAGCCGAGCGGCUCCAACUACAUGACGGACUUCCACAACUCGGGCGGUAUGACCGUGUUGCUGCACGAGCUGAGACCACUCCUGCACCUCGGUGUCCUCACGGUCAGCGGCAAGACGCUGGGAGAGUGCCUGGACCGUGAACCCCUAGCAUCAAUCCCUCGGGAACUGCAGUGCAUCCAGCCAUUCGACUCACCCCUAUACCCAGGGUCGUCGAUCGUGGUGCUGCGAGGAAACCUUGCUCCACAGGGCGCCGUGAUGAAAGCAAGCGCCUCCAAGAAUCGCCAACUACUAAAACACUCCGCCAAAGCGGUCGUAUUCGCUGGAUCAGCAGACAUGGCACGUCGGAUCGAUGACGAGGACCUGUCCGUCACACCAGAGAGCAUUCUGGUUCUCCAGAAUAUCGGCCCGGUCGGCAACCCCGGCAUGCCCGAGGCAGGCCUCAUCCCGAUACCGCGCAAGCUCGCAGCGCAGGGGGUCACGGACAUGCUUCGGAUCUCCGAUGGCAGGAUGAGCGGGACGGCGGGGGGCACCAUUGUGCUGCACGUCUCGCCCGAGGCAGCAGACCCGGAGUCGGUUCUGGGGAUCGUUCGCGAUGGCGACGUCGUCACGUGCAAUGUCGACGAACGCAUCUUGCACGUCGAAAUCAGCAAUGAGGAGAUAGAGCAAAGGCAAUCAGCUAGACGGGAGGAGGAGGCCAAGACUCGAGAUGCACAGCCGUGGAGGGCGAGGGGCAAGAUGAGAGGCUACAGGGGCUUGUACAUGAGAUCUGUGAACCAGGCAGAUCAAGGGGCAGAUUUUGACUUCCUUCGAGCUGAGGGUCCCUAG